AUAAGCUUUCUCCCUGUCUAUCUUUCCCUAAACUGCCAAACUUCUUUCAGCCCCAACGUUUCAACCUAUCAUGCCUUGCCUCCUUCAACAAGAUUUAACGGCCCAUCCGUAGGUUUCUCUUUUUUGCUUCGCAUCCACAGCACCUCCGUGUCUAAUUUGACUUGGCCGCUUCCCUUUUCAACGCCCCUUUAACUCUUUGCAAACGUACCUAAUGUUGUCUUAUUCUUAACGCGCAGUCACUAGCCAUAAAUAAUGCAUGAAGGACGGGAAG